UGAUAAAAUACUUUGGAAUUUAGGAUAAGUAGAAUUAAAAGAGUGGCUCAGAUUACUCUGUCCCCAAUAUAGAGAAAGAGAGAGAAAGUAAGGGAGAGAGAAAGUAAGGGAGAGAGAAAGAAUGACAAUAGCUUUCCUUUCCGUUCCAACUCCUCAACAUUAUCAUCAUCAGGUUCAAUUGCACAAGCCAAAAAAUCUAUGGUCAACUAGCACUUCCCCUUGUUUUUCUAAGAUUCUUGUUCCUCCCUCACAGUGUUCUCCUUCUUCUACUCCAACUCCCCCCAUUUCUUCUUCACCAGGACAACAACUUGAUGUUCCCAAUCUAUCAAAAUCCUCAACCCAACAAAGUGGUUGUAAAGCAUGUGGAAAAGAAGAAGUAGAGAAAGGAUGCAAUGGUGAAGGAAGGAUGCAAGGUGGGAUUGCAACUGUCCCUGGCUUUGGAUGGUGGCCUAUUAAGGCUUACAGACCAUGCCCUGGAUUUGUUGCUUCUGGUGGUAGAUAUAGACGACAAGGACAAAGCAUGGACGAGGUUGUCUCCGGUAGUGGUAAAGUUAAAACACCCUCUCCUACAACCGCAACUAAUUCAAAGCCGUAACAUAAAGGAAGGUUCGAAGAAAUUGAAGCGGCAAGUUUUUGGAAAAAAUAUACCAGCCAUGAAGGUGAAACAAAACUAAGUGCAUUAAGGAAGAGGACGAUGUCAUGAUUUCUCGUCUAUAUUCUGUAAGGAUUUUCGACAUGUAUACGACUUAUCAAUGCAUUCGUAAAAUAGGGCCAUGCAAUGUAAUCACCUAAAUGAUAGUAUUUAAGUUUUGACAGAUUUUUUCUUUCUUUUUCA